AUGGAAAUAAAUGAUCAAAAUCUUGAAGUACUUGCAACAUACUUACAUAAAACUUUUACUCUUAGUGGUAAUGAACGAACAGAAGCUGAAAAAACUUUAAAACAAAUUGAACGAAAUGAAAAUUAUUCAUCAUUAUUAUUAACAUUAUGUGAACGUCCAACAAUACCAGACGAAAUACGUCGUGCAUCAUUAACUAAUAACAUUUAA